AUGGGAAAUGAUGCUUUGAGCUCUUGUACAAAAAAACAAAAAUCCUCCUUAGUUUAAAGAGAAUCAAAUAUUACAAUAAGUAGAUAGUUCAACUCAACAAUGUGUUCGAUAUUGCAGGGAGAUAUAUAUUGUUAGUGGAUUGAAUAUAGUAAAUUUGUUCAUAUGAACCUGCAGAUUCUUUAAUCGUUAAAACAUUUAGAGAUCAGUAUAUUAAUAAUAGAUAGAGUGAUGAGAUCAGAGCAAGUAUAUUCUAUGUUCGAUUUAGUGCAUGUUGGAGAUGUUAUUUUAACAGAGAGAUAGAAUCUAUUCCUACUUCAUGCUAAAUUACCGAUGUAUUCCGAAAUUAAAGAUUUAUAAAAAGUAUAUUCAACAUAUGAAAAAUGUUUGGAGAUUGCUGAUGAAAACAUUUUGUCUGAAAUCACUUUUACAGAAUAAAAUGCUUUAAAUUUUGCUAUUCCAAAAUAGUAUAACGCAGAAUGUUUAAUUAGAUGUAUCAUAAAUUAUAUUAGUUUGAAUCCUUAAACUAAUUUAAAAUAAAUAAAUUUCCUUAGCAAUGAUUACACAACAAUUAACAUAUUUAAACUUGAAUUAGAUAAUAUUUUAGAAGAAAUGAAAGUCCCAAAUUUGGCAGAGAAAAAUAGGAAAAUCUUUUUUGAAUUUUUAAACUCAACUAAUUGUGAAGAAGCUCCAUAUUUUCUAAGUACAGGCUUGACAACAAGUUUUGCCCAUCUAACUGAGAAAAGUGCUGAGUGA